CGACGACAUCGUCGGCGUCUAUUCAUCGGCAACGUAAACGUUACUAAGCUGCAGCAGCAUCGCAUCGAAACAGCAACGCAAACAGCAAAUUGUUUCGCUUGGAAUCGCGAGCAAAGAGGGUCGAUCGUUCGCUGCGUACAACGUCGUCGCCUCGCUACGAUUCAUAUACAAAUCUAAAUAUGUUUUUUUAAUUAAAUACAACGAGCAAGUAGCAGCUGCAGCAAAAUGCUAUAACGGAACCGGGCUAAAGCGGGCAGUUUACGGUACAAAUAGACAAGAAAACGAGCAGAACGCUAACCAAAUGAAUUUUGUGUAAAUUUACUUCGGAUUUUGUGGAAAAAGUAUCUUAUUAGCUGGUUAUGUUGGUUGGUCGACAGUCAAGCUAGCAACGUUCCCAAAUUGCAUAACACCUAUUGUGUAUAUGAAAUAAGUAUGUGCGUAAGUGUUAGUGAGUGUUUGUGAGAUGGUAUAUUGUCGCAGCAGAGGUGGUGGAAUUAUAAAAGGCAGCAAAACUCGUAAGUUGAGUUCAACAACGAGCAGGCCAAAAGCAAGAAGAGGGGAAUCGCAUUGAAAAUUAGGGGAGAGGCAGGAGACCCAACAAAUAAGUGAGAGGAAGGUCGAUGUUGAAAGCCGUCCACAAAAUAAAAACAAAAAACACGUACGCAGAGGUGUACCAUUACGGUCAUAUCGUACUAUCUUCAAAAGUAGUAAUACAAUAGCAUUAGGUAAUUUCUCGAAUAGGAUUACAUUUAUAUACGUCAGUUAGCAUAUGCUUCCUUUGUAAUACUAAGCAGUCGAAUUCUAGAGAUACUAUACAAAUAAUUUUAUGUUAUUUUAGUCACGUCGAAAGAAAGGCAGUUAUUUAGCUAAUUUGCCAUUUGUUUUAUUCUUCUAGUUAUUAAAAGAGAUCGAGAAGGGGAUAUUAAAAAGCCACAACCGCAGCUACGAAAACAUAUGUAAACAAGUCUAUAUAUAAAGUAUAUCUAUAAUAAUUUGUCUAUGCCGAUUCGUUUUUUAUAUAAACUAACCACCUAACCUAUCCAUCACAUCUUCAUUAAUAUAUCUAUCGCAUAUUAUCGCAGUGAGUCAAUAGUUAGUCCCACCGGCAUAAAUGGCGAGUUAUAGCUAAAUACAUAAAUCAACACACUAUAUAGAGUAACAAUAAUAUUAAUUGGUACAAAAAACAAUGCUACAAUAAAAGCGCUAACAAGGCACAGUAUCUUUGAAUUAGUAAGCAGGAAAAAGAGCAAUAAUAAAAAACAGGCAGUUCCAUAGGGCGGCAAUGUAAAAUAAUAGCAUGGCACCUUCAACAAGGCACAAGCAUCAAAUUGACGUCCAAAACAAAGCUAAUUUUUACAACAAAAACAAUUAAAUAAACAACGCCGUCGAAUUUAUUCACCACCUUAGCAUACCACAUUACAGUUGACGUUGUUGCCAUUGCAGCUACUACACUUCGCUGCUCAAGCAGAAAGUCACGCAGAGUAUAGUGCAGCGCUGCUCAUCCAAAAGAAUUGUUAACUGGAGAGCGGUAUAGGAUGCUUGCGCUUUUGCCAAUAGUUCAGGAUCCAACUUCGUAAAUAGCCUUAAAGCAAAUAAAUAAAAUAAAUGAAGAUUUCUGCAAAGCAGAUACAGGAUAUACUCGUAUAAAAUUUAGUCAAAUUAGAUUUAACAACGUAACCCAUCAGUAUUGUAUUAAUCAACUCAGCGACCGUGGGAGUGAGAAAGAUAGAAAGUGUUGUGACGCGAAAUAUUACUAGCAAGUGUGUGCGUGAGAGUGAACGAGAUUGCGAGUGUGGUGAAGAACUGUACGAUAGGAAAAAGCGACGAUAUUGAACGAGUGAGCAGGUGCGUAGCAUUCAUUCGUGCUUUUGCAGUAUCAGCGUACUCGUUCGUAUGUAUGCAUGAAGUGGUGUAUUGUUGGCAGAGAACUGAAGUGGAGUGAGCCGAGUCGCGUGAGUGAGCGCUGUUCGCAGUUUGCCUGACUGCUUGUGUGCCUGUCGCUAAACAGAGCCAACCAACAACAUCAUCGGUCCGAUAGUAGAGGAACACAGCGAAGCGACAUUCAUAUUCAUCGGUCGAAUCGUUCGGGAUAUGGCCGUGUUCUUAAUAAACAUCUGUAAAUUUAAUGGCUGCGGCAUCACAUUUCCAAGUUUAGGCGAUUUAAUACAACACAUUGAGGACACACAUAUCGACUAUGAUCCUAAAGUGGUCGAACAGAAAGAGCAGGCGCAGCCUGCAUGUUUGCCGCUGAGCUAUGUGUUGCGUUUCAUAUCGGAAGAUGCCCGUAAGGAGAGCCCAUUCCUCUCCGCCAAUACGACGGGCGUUGAACUCAAACGGAAGUUGGCGAUCAAACAUCACAGUUACAGCAGUGAGAUGGACGAUGAUGAAAUGGUUGUCUCGGAGUCGGAGGACAGCAACGAUUCUUGGACAACUGAGGAGUUCAGUUCUGAGUUCAUAAUGCGUUAUGGGAGCAGGCAUUCCGGUACCGGCAGCAAUGGGACACCGGGCAAUGAGAAGCCGUUUGCGUGUCCUGUGCCUGGUUGUAAAAAGCGUUACAAGAAUGUCAACGGUAUCAAGUAUCACUCAAAGAAUGGCCACAAAAAGGACGGAAAGGUUCGCAAAGGCUACAAAUGCCAUUGUGGCAAGAGCUACAAAACUGCUCAAGGCCUGAAGAAUCACGCACUAGUUGCACAUAAUUCCUCGCCGGAGAGCGUUUUAAGCACGCAACAUGUGGCUAAUAUGACUGCUACUAGUAAUGGUUCCAGCGUUAACGUGGGCGCAGGCAUAAUUCUGCAACGUAGUAGUUCGCCCUCACAAUCGUUGGGCUCCCUCAGUCCAUCCAGCAUCAGCAACAUGUCGAGUAGUGCCAGUAGCUGUCAUGGCAGCGCCAGCAGCAAUACUCAUAAUGGCAAUGGCAACACUGCUGGCAACAAUAACGGUGGCAGCAACACAACCACAACCGCCGUCACCAACAAUGUGUUGCAGCAGUUGACUAAUGGUACACUUGGCAAUGGUAGUCCCAAUGUCGUUGCCACCACAAAUGGUGUUGGACUCAGUUUGCAUCAUCAUCAACAUCACACACAGCAGCAGCAGCAACAUCAGUUUAGCAAUCAGCAGCAGCAGCAGCAACCACAAUUACAUAGCAUUGGAUCGACCGUAGCAGCUACAUCAGGUAACAAUAACAAUUUAGUGCGUAGCAGCAGCAGCGGCAGCACUACUGGCAUCAGUGGCAGUGGCCUGUUGGCAACGCAAACAACUAAAACUGCGACUGCAGCUACAAACUUGCUAGCAGCUAACGCAACGGCGAGUAAAAUACUUAAGUUGGCCACCAAUGCUGCGGCACAGGCUGCAGCAGCUGCAGCCGCAGCCAAUGCUGUUGGCACAGUUGAUAUCAUUGCACAGCAGCAACAACAACUUAAGCUGCAAGCAAUCGUUGAUAAAGUACAGUCAAAACAGCAGCAAAGUACAUCAACUAAAAUUGCGUUGCCAAAUUUGGUAAAUUUAGGCAUUCUCACACCGGCCACCUCGCCAACGAAGCCACCCACGCAAACGCUCACAUUUACGCAACAACAACCACAACAGCCAACACAACAACAAUCACAGCCAACACAUAAUCUUCCUUUGACGCCCAUUAGUCCAAGUGGACCAACACUCAUUCAACAACAACAGCAGCAAAAAGGCAUUGCGCUGUUGCAUCAGCACCAACAACAGCAACAACAUAAAAAAGCGGCUCAGGUUAUUGGUAGCAUACACCUAACUAGUGUAUCCACAUCGACGUCAACGUCCACAACUGCGUCGAAUGCCAAUAUAAAUAACAACAACAGCAACGGCAGCACUACCAAUGGUGUCAGUAGUAAUUGUGUCCCUACUGCUGCUACAACAGUUGGCAGCGGUGUUGUGGCUGGCGCUAGCGUUGCAGGCAUGGCGAACGCUGUUGUUGCUGCUGCUUCUGCUGACGCAGUGGUAGGCGUUGUUAACGACGAAACGUAGCCUAUACUAAAGACAUUACUAAUGCGACGUGAAUUUAAAUAGAAAAGAAAUAUUUAGUUUUUAUUUAAAAAAACCAAAAAAAGGAAAACUAAAUUUACAAAAAGCUAAAAAUACAGCUUACCAUAUUUGGUGUAUUGGUUUAGUGAGUGUAGGCAUAUUGCAUACCUAGGGGAUUGUAGGAAUUAAAUGAUUUCAAUCACACACACAUAUAGAUACACAUAUAUACAUACAAUAUAUAUGUAAGAGUACACCAUACAAUUUUUGUCAGUUCCUUAAAAGUGUUAACGCAGAAUUUUGGGUUUAAAAGUUGUUCUUGCUGCGACACUUACAAGUACUCUUGAAAGCGUUGUGAGUACGUGGAAGUACCUAGAGAUUUUAAUGCAAGUACAUUAAUUUAUUAAUUUUGAUUUGUUAUAAGUAAAAAAAAGAAGCUUUUUGCUCUGUAUUGUACAUACAUAUAUAAAAUUGAGAUUAGGCGCUCAAAUCUGAAUUAUUUGUGAAUUUUCUAAUAGUUAUAUGCGAAAAAGAGCUAAUAAAAAUGACCAAAAACAACAAAAGAAUCGUUGAGGGAUAGAAAUGUUUAAUUUUCAUUAAAAUAUGUUGGGGAAACUAAGUUUGCUCAAUAUAAACAAUUAUUUGAAUUUAUAAUUGUUCGAGUUUGAUAAAUAUUUGUAUGUAAUCUCCUGGUGCGCCACUACGAUAGUAUAGAAACAGAACUUAAUUGUCUUUUACGAGAAGACGUUUAAUUUCAAUUCAAAUUCCAAAAAUUUCGAUCCACUUCCUGCAACUAGGUUAGGUUCCUAAAGAUGGUAACCCUACGAAAUCGAAAUAAAAUAAGCAUUUAGCGAUCAAUAUUGCACAUAUAUACUAUAUAAAUACAUAGAAACAUAUUUAAAUACGCCCCAAUAAAACUAAUUGCAAGUGUAUUCAAUAUUCCGUAAUGCUUAAAUUCUGCACUCGAACAAAAAUAUCUAAAACGGGGAAAAAUGCUUUGAAAUUAAUUGAAAAUUAUACGUUUACUCUUUCUAUAUACAUAUACUUAGUAUAUAUGUACAUAUAUACAUAUGUAUACUUCUAUGUAUAUUUACGAAUAUCUAGCGUUAGUGACAACCUUCAAGUAUCCUUGUAAAUUUAGACUGCUGCGAUUUAUUUUAGAAUUAAAAUUUUUUUUUGUACAUUUUAGUUGAUUCGUGCAAUACUACUCUUUAUAAGUAAUUUAUUUAGCUAAUUAUUAUUAUUUUUACUCAUUUUUGUGUAUAUUUUUGAUACUGAAUUUCCUAAACACUGUAUUGUAUUGCUUUGAUAACUGCUGAUCUCCUAUUCAAAUUUAAAAAUUAAAUAUAAACAAACGCUAUACUAUACACAUCAAAAAUAAAGUUUAUACUUGAUUUGUCUUUGGAAAAGUAAACACAAAUUAAAUUGUGAGUUCAUUUCACUAAAUGAUUGUAGUAAAAACUUAUACGAUAGAGAAUAAGUCAUUCCAUAAGCGCGUUGCUUCAGAGAUGAGUGGAAAUGAAAAGUAUUUUGCAAGGUAUUUGUAAUGAUAACAAUAUACAAUUUUAAAUCAUAGUUGAGCUUAGACAAGUAGCUCAGGGAGAUAAGCUAUGUGCGUUUUUUGUUUUUAUCUCGAUCUUGCGUGUAUAUAACGGCACAUUGUUCUUCAUAUGAAUAUUUUUACGUCACAUGUCAGGCAAAUUCUUUCUAUGCAGGAAAUUGUCUUUGAUCUCUACAUCCUUAGAACGGUUAUCAUAAAUUUGUC